AGUUUUGAAAGCCGUCAUUUGGCAUUGAGAUACGUCACAGACCGUCAUAUGAUCGAAAGUGGGCGAGUCUAUCUAAAGGAAAACAUUUUGUAGUUUUAGACCAAAUCCGUUUAAAAAAACAUUAAUUCUAAAAAUGAUUGGAUGUCUGUUUAAUAUUGAUGCGGGGUACCUGGAAGGUUUAUGUCGUGGAUUCAAGUGUGGUAUUUUGAAACAGGCAGAUUAUCUUAAUCUAGUUCAGUGUGAAACAUUGGAAGAUUUGAAAUUGCAUUUACAAGGCACGGACUAUGGAAACUUCUUGGCCAACGAACCCAGCCCACUUCAAGUGUCUGUCAUAGAUGAUAAGUUAAGAGAAAAGUUGGUUAUCGAGUUCCAGCACAUGAGGCAUCAUGCAGUGGAGCCUCUUUCUACAUUUUUGGAUUACAUUACGUACAGCUACAUGAUAGACAACAUCAUCCUGCUGAUCACGGGCACGCUGCACCAGCGCUCCAUCUCGGAGCUGAUCCCCAAGUGCCACCCGCUGGGCAGCUUCGAGCAGAUGGAGGCCAUCCACGUGGCGGCCACGCCCGCCGAGCUCUACAACGCCGUGCUCGUCGACACGCCCCUCGCCCCGUUCUUCGUGGACUGCAUCAGCGAGCAGGAUCUGGACGAGAUGAACAUCGAGAUCAUCCGUAACACCCUGUACAAGGCGUACCUCGAAGCAUUCUACGCCUUCUGCAAGGAGCUGGGCGGGACCACGGCGGACGCCAUGUGCGAAAUACUGGCGUUCGAGGCGGACAGGCGAGCCAUCAUCAUAACGAUCAACUCGUUCGGCACGGAGCUGACGAAGGACGACCGGGCCAAGCUGUACCCGCGGGUGGGCAAGCUGCACCCCGACGGGUUGGCGGCCCUGGCGCGGGCCGACGACUACGAGCAGGUCAAGGCCGUGGCUGAGUACUACACCGAGUACAGCGCCCUGUUCGAAGGUGCCGGCAGCAACCCCGAAGAGAAGACUUUGGAAGAUAAGUUCUUCGAACAUGAGGUGCGGCUGAACGUGAACGCGUUCCUCCAGCAGUUCCACUUCGGCGUGUUCUACUCGUACCUGAAGCUGAAGGAGCAGGAGUGCCGCAACGUGGUGUGGAUCGCCGAGUGCGUGGCGCAGAAGCACCGCACCAAGAUCGACAACUACAUCCCCAUCUUCUAGUGCAGCCGCCCCGUAGUCGACGCCCCGCUCUGGGCCUGGUCCCCGCCUCUUGAGUCCCUGAACCUGAGAACACUACUACUCAGUAGACGACUUCACCUUUGUUCAUAAAGAAAUUAGCAUUUUCAAUCAACCAAGUUAAUGGAAACUGCGGCUAUCUCUGAUAACACGGAUAGCGUUAAGAAAACUGUCUUUGGUUUUCAUUUGGCAUAGUGGUAUGUAUCAUUUUUUCAGGGUGAUGUUUUUGCAGCUUUUCUUCAGUGUAGAUUCUUUUGUGUCAUGCCAUGAUUUGCCCAAUAAGUAAAUCGCACCUGUGAGGUCAUUGAUUUUUUUUUGGCUUUUGACAACCGUUAAGUAAUUUUCUAGGUCUUCAAGCAAAUGUUUUUACAGUCAUUUUCCAGUAAUGGCACGCUUUACUAUAGUAAGUUUAUGUUAUUUGUACAUUGUCUCUACGAUGCACAGUUUUAGAGAUACAGCAUGAUAUUUAGGAACCUAACAUUAGACUUCAAAUUGUAAUAUUUUUUGGUUGUUAUGAGAAGUAGUUGCGUGAAAAUCUUCUGAUGUUGUCAGUUCUCUGUACUUUCAAGUAGCAUGGUUGUCUUCCUCUACGCACGUCAAACUUUCAUAUCAAAACAUUUAAUUAUGUGGUUUAUGUAAUUUCUUCUGAAAUGUAAAAUUUUUAUUAUCUGUGCCAUUAGUGUAAUAAAUUUUGAUUUGAUGAUUUGUAGCUUGGGAGGGAAUUUUUUUGGGUUCAAAUUUUAUCGGGAAAACUCCAUUACGCUGCUUUCGCAUUCAAUUGAAGUCUUUAGUUCUGUGCAGCUUGCUGUAAGGAAGCGUCGAGAGUAAAGUGGGGACACGGGGCCCGUUACAGAGUUACUUGUUACGUUUCCAUGUUGUAAUGCUACAUCAUAGCGUGUUUGCAACACCACUUACCCCCGACAUUCCAGUAUUAGUCUAUGUGGUGAUGUUGCAAGUAAGAUGGUGACAGGGGUAGCUUUAGUCAUUUUUGUAUAUAUGUAUUAUCUUAGCCGUGACUGUACAGAAUAAGAUUCCAACGUAAUUUCUCUAACCAGGAGCAACGUAGUGGUGUGUGAUUUGUUGUGUUGUACCAAUAAUUAAUUUAUAUAUAAAGGUGUUGUACAUCAUUAA